AUGGCAGAGGAAUCGGAUUCCGGCUUCCGCACACCCGAGAGUGUCCGGGAGGAUUGGGCCGAUGAGGCACAAAGGCUGAUUCGGCAGCACCGCCAGUCCUGUGACUUGGAGGCGGUGCGUGCGGUGCAAAAGCCGCACCGCUUGAAGCGGCCCUUCGAGACUCUGGAGACCGCCUUUCAGGUCACCUGCCAGGCGGGUGAUGAUUGCUUUGCUCUCCCCGCGGGUGCAUCCGUGGAUGCAGCGCUUGCCUUGCUCUUAGAAGGGCUGCGGAAGGCGGAGGGCUGA